CUCAACCUGUGGAAUCCGCGAUGAACAGCUGAUCGUCCCGCAAGUGGAUAAACUUCAUCACCACAAUGAGCGCCGCCAAGUCCUGAUUUCACGAUCCCACGCGUGGCACUAUGUGAAUUAGUUAUUGGAAGGAAAGAAAAAAAAGGAGAAUCAUUAAAAGGAAAGCAGUCUUUUAUCCUCUCUCUGUCUUUUUUGGACCUGUUGAUCAUCAUCAGUGUGACAGACGGACGCACUGCGCCGCGCUCAGCCCGUACCUGCCGCUCCCUGCUCCGCGCUCACCGACGCUCCAUUAUGCUCUUGUCAAGCUUCCUCAUCUUCACCUUCUCCUACUUCCUGGCGCCCCUGUUUCUCUGUUACCUGCCUCAAGCGUCGGCGCAGAAGCCCGGCUCAAGGUGGCUGAUUGGAGACAGAGACAGUCACUGCGGGGUCAUCUGCUCGCGGACGCAGGGGAAGCCGGUGUGCGGCUCGGACGGACGGAGCUACGAGACCGGCUGUGAACUGCAGAGGGCGCGCUGCAAAGAUAAGACGCUCACGCUGGCGCACCGAGGACGCUGCCGAGGCAAAAACUGGGUGAAACUAGAUCAGCUGCCGGCGGCUCCUGCACCAACGUCCACGUCUGAGGGCAGAGACCUGGAGCUCAAAGAUGCGGGUCAGUCAAAGUGUCGCGCUGAGAGGAACCAGGCCCUGGAAGCGAGGAGACCUCAGGAGUCCAUGUUUAUCCCAGAAUGCAACGAGGACGGAACGUUCACCCAGGUUCAGUGCCACACUCUGACCGGUUACUGCUGGUGCGUGACCAGCGACGGGAAGCCAGUGAGUGGCUCCUCCGUGCACAACAGGACCCCGGUGUGUUCAGGAAACUUCCGUGAAUUUAUGGGAACUCAUGCUGGGACAAGUGGAUUGUCAGGGUCAGUAACCGAUAAGCCGCCCGGGCCGCCAAGCUCUGGUAGAAAAGUCUCUUUCCGUUUCUUUCUCACCCUCAACCCAGACGAUGGCUCCAAGCCCACACCCACCAUGGAGACUCACGUCCCCCCCGAAGGCGACGAGAUAACCGCUCCAACGCUAUGGAUAAAACAGCUGGUUUACAAGGAGAAUAAGCAGAACAGCUCAACGUCCAGGAAGCAAGAGAAAGUUCCCUCUUGUGACGAGGAGAGACAGAGUGCUCUGGAUGAUGCUCGGCAGAAUCCUCGCCAGGCUAUUUUCAUCCCCGACUGUGGGCCCGGAGGCCUUUACAAAGCGGUGCAGUGCCACCAGUCCACGGGCUACUGCUGGUGUGUUCUGGUCGACACGGGACGGCCCAUCCCUGGAACCUCUACCAGGUACCAGACGCCGGAGUGUGACGGAGCCGCGAGAUCACGCGUCUCAGACACAGAAGACCCGUUCCAAGUCAGAGACCUGACAGGCUGCCCAGAGGGGAAGAAAGUGGAAUUCAUUACAAGCUUGUUAGAUGCCCUCACCACAGACAUGGUGCAGGCCAUAAACUCACCAGCCCCCUCUGGUGGCGGGAGAUUUGUCGAGCCCGACCCCAGUCACACUUUAGAGGAGAGGGUGGUGCACUGGUACUUUGCCCAGCUGGACAACAACGGUAGCCAUGACAUCAACAAGAAGGAACAAAAACCUUUCAAGAGGUACCUGAAGAAGAAAGCCAAGCCCAAGAAAUGUGCCCGCAAAUUCACCGACUACUGUGACCUGAAUAAGGACAGGGCCAUUUCCCUGCAGGAGCUGAAAGGCUGCCUGGGCGUCAGCAAGGAGGGAAGCUCAACGACAAGUGGCAACCAAGGGACAAGGCAAGGGACAAAUUUGUUCAUAGGUCGUCUGGUGUGAGGAGAGAAGGUUUGAGAAGCUGAGACAAGAGCAGAGGGCACAGAGGGAAGGCAUCUGUACGCUUGCUGAGAGGAAAGAGAAAGAUGGAGCAGAAAAAUUAAGAAGUUCCUGAGUAAAAAAAAAAAAAAAAAGACAAACAGAAAAACGAGAAAACGAAGCGGCGCCAAAAUAUUUGCACUUUCUCCUCCCUGUGUUUGACAUUUUAUCUGUUUAUGCGUGUUUUUUUUUUGUUUUUUUUUUAUUUUGUUUUCUCUUGAAGUGACUGAAAGUUUCUUGGUAAGAAUGAGAAUAUAUUUGUAAAGAGAUGCCAGGCUCAUCACUGGAGGAGCACAUACAUCUCCCUGUAUGUUCAGUCGGCCGUUUUGGUUCAUUCUGUCCUCGGAAAAACAAGAACAGGCACUAAUUUUACAUUUUUGCGGCGAUUAAAUUAAACUUACAGGCCCCGAGUUGAACGUAGCAGCACACAGGCUGGUGGAAAAACUCACAGAAGACAAAUCACUCUCAGCCAAAUGACCCAUUUCAGCAAAUUUGUAAUUUGUGAUUUGCAUUUAACAAUGAAGUCUAAAUUAUCAGCAGAGAAGUAGCUGCAUGAAUCCACUUGCACUGAAACAAAAGCUUCCAGACACGUGAACAUUUCGCCUCUAGAAUCAAAUGUUGUUUCACCGUGACCCGUGUAGAAGGAAAGCUAAUUUUUACUUACUUAGCUUAAACAAUUUUUUUAGGAAACUUAAAAUUGAUGCAAGAACAUGACCGACCUUUCUCGGUUAUCGGUGCGUUCGCGCAUGCAUUGCAAGCUGAUGCAACUUUAUGCUAGCCAUGUAACUCAUUUCACAAAUUUAAAGAAACCAUUUUAAAAUCGGGCAUAAAAAAGACAAGUCAGUUAACAUCUAUUUAAUCCAAAUAAACUAGCCUGAUGGAAAAGAACUGAACAAGACAUAGAAGAAGAAGAAGCAGAAAGAAAAACAGAGAGAGAGCUUUCAGUUGGGCAAGUUGUAAUUAUUCCUUCUUGUCAGCUGGUAUUAGUCAUGUUUCCUGUGAUUAGACAGAGGAAGAUAAUUCAAAUUUUGUCUUUUUCAUUAAAAGAAAUACAAUAUAGAGACAAAGAUAUACCUAUUGUAGCACCAAACAAAAAUUAAACAGAUGAAAUGAACAUUAAAGGUGCGUUAUGGCAUUCAAAAACUUGAGAGACACAAUCCUUACAUACCAAGCCUCAUAUUUACUCAUGUUUUAGCUCCAUUUUAGUCUCCACCAACUGGUAGUUUAGCUAAAUGCUAAUGGGUAACAUACGGAGGGCUUGUCACAGCUCAUUUUCAGUUUGAUGAAACCACUGCAAUGAAAGAAUACAUUAAGAUUGUUGGAAAAUACUAUGUUAAAAAAGGUUUUAAAGAAAACUGAACGUGCAGAGUUGUGAUCAUACUUUCUUCCUGCUGGUGGUUGAACACAUUAUAUCACAAUCAAGGCCAUUGGUUUACAACGUGUGUGCAAUGUUAUAUCCUGUUACAAGUCGCUAUGCACAGUUCUGCAACUGUAAAAUAAGGUUAAUUUUGAUUUUCACCAAACUUAAACAAAACAAAAAAAACAUUAAGGGUAUUUCCAGAACACUGGUGCUGAAUUCCUUAUGCAGCAGUCAUAUCUUUUUUUUUUCUUCCUCUGUUUUCUUCCACUACAAAUUGGGAUUUGUAAAUCUGUGACCCCCUGGCGUCGAUUUUAUUUUUCCAAGUCCGUCCAAAAAAAAUCUGUUUCCUUUAUGGUGCCAGGAAAAACAGGUGCCACCGAUGAGUAAACCCAAACCAGUAAGUGGACUGAAAAGUUUACACGGCUCAGAAUUUAGUCCAUUUCAGCUCAUUCCAGCUGUCACAUACGAAGUUACGGAGUUAUUGAUGUGACAUUUACAAACAGAGUGAUUAUUGGAUACUCCCAAGUAAUAUCAGAAGUAAUUUUGUGUAUGUGGAUGUAAUUACAGUCUGUCCUCCAGCAGCUGAUGUCAGUCUUGGUCUGUGAAACCCUCAACAUUGCGCAUACUGGAGCUUUGCCACCUUAUGCAAGAUGGUUAAGUCUCUGAAAGUACCCCCGCAGGGUGUUAGAUUAAUAGGAAAAUGGCUGAGCAGACAUGGGGAAAAAACACUUAUGAAGAAGGUUUGGAUUGUAAAAAGUAAAAUAAAAUUUCCUCGCUCACAUUUGGGAGCAAUUGAAAAUUGGAGAAUGGUGCCUUUGCUGUUGGGAUCUGAACGCUUGUGUGUUUGUUUUGUGUAAAGAGCUCAUGAGACAAAAGAAAAGAAAAAGUUAAAGGAAAGGCUCCUGUUGUAAAUAUGUACAAUAAGCUUUGUUGGUUGGUCUUACUAAACUGCAUUGUGGGGCAUUUGGGUGUUCGCUUCCUUCACUGUCAUUCUGACUUCUUGUAAAAAAUAUAUAUAUAUAUACUUUUCUGUGUGUCUACACUAUGUCAAACAUUAGGCUACUGCAGUAGCUAAUCCACAACAAUGAAAUGCUUAAAGCAGACUGCAUGUUAUCCACCGCGGGGAGUGUUUAUUUGAUCCAUGGUGAAGUUUGUUUUACUAUUCCAGCUCGUGUUUUACGACCUCUGUCUUCAUCGCUAUACACAGUCAAGAAUGUAUAUACGGUAUCUGGUGCUCAAUCCACUGCAAUCACCAAGUUUGGUCCAAUUCCAACUGGACGGCAACGCCAAGGAAGAGAAAGAAAACCUGUCUUCUUCUUCUUCCUCCGACGGCUGCGCAGUAUCUGUCCCGAGUGCCUGUUUCAAUGUGGGUUUGAACACUGAGCUUGUGUGUGUGUGUGUGUGUGUGUGUUUGUGUCUGCUGAAGUGCUUCCAGACGCUGCAGAUCACAUGCGAGCUCUAAAACAACCCAACAGGCUAAUCACUGCAAAUCACAAAGGGGCACGUUUGGUGGAGGAGGAGGCUGGAGACGGCUGUCAGUCCGAUGGGGAAAAAAGCCAGAAUUGUCUUGGACCAACAGGAAUGCCAAGACCGGGAUUUUGAUAUUUUUUUUCUUAGUUACAGUUGACACAAUAAAAUCUGACAUGUUUUAUGUGAAACUUUUAACUCCCUAGCUAUUUGAAACUGACACAGAUUUUUUUUUUUUUGGAGACCAAAUUGAUAAACUGCUUGAUUUUAUGAGGUGUAUCUUGGCACCCAGCGGUGCGUACCCCUCAUGUCGUCUCCCACCUGAAUGUAAAGCAGCCGUAAUGAGAAAAAUGUCUGUGGACACAUUAAAUCCUGAAACAAACAUACCAGUCGUUUCACAUUUGACACCUGACACUUAUAAACUGAGGUAAGACGCACUUAAGAGUUAAAUUUAAACGCUCAACAACCGAGUCUGGCACAAAGCUGCCACAUAAAUAAAAAAGUGUACAUGCUACAUGGCUACUUUUUACUAUUCUGCUACUGCUUGUGACUCAAGCUAUUACCGCAAAGAGUAAAGGAUGUAUUUUUUAAAAAGUUUCAUAAUUGUGCUUAAUAAUAAUAAAAACUAUUCCAGAGAUCUUGAAGCAGUUUUAUCCCAUGUCUGUAAACCAUCUUCAGCCUCGGAGAAGGAGUUUAACACUGCCCCCUAACGGCCAACAUGGUUCACUGCAGGCUAUAAAUUCACACUGAAGCCCGGUUUAUUUUUCCAUGUAUGCACAAGGAGCUUACACGCACAGCAUCAACCGAGCUGACUGAAAAUUUAUGAACUGGCAAUAAAUAUUUUGAAGAAA